AAGAUGAUAAAGAUUAUGCUUUAAAACAAAUAGAAGGUACUGGAAUUUCUAUGUCUGCAUGCAGAGAAAUAGCACUGCUGCGAGAGCUCAAGCAUCCAAACGUCAUUUCUUUGCAAAAGGUGUUUCUGUCUCAUGCUGACAGGAAAGUGUGGCUUCUCUUUGACUAUGCUGAACAUGACCUCUGGCACAUAAUCAAGUUUCACAGAGCUUCUAAAGCAAACAAGAAACCAGUUCAGUUACCUCGGGGAAUGGUGAAGUCACUUUUAUAUCAGAUCUUAGAUGGUAUUCACUACCUGCAUGCUAACUGGGUGUUACACAGGGAUUUGAAACCUGCUAAUAUUUUAGUUAUGGGUGAAGGUCCUGAGCGAGGAAGAGUAAAAAUUGCUGAUAUGGGCUUUGCCAGAUUAUUUAAUUCACCUCUGAAGCCUUUAGCAGACUUGGAUCCAGUAGUUGUAACAUUCUGGUAUCGAGCUCCAGAAUUACUUCUUGGAGCAAGGCAUUAUACCAAAGCUAUUGAUAUUUGGGCAAUAGGGUGUAUAUUUGCAGAGCUGCUAACAUCAGAGCCAAUAUUCCACUGUCGACAAGAGGACAUCAAAACUAGUAAUCCUUAUCACCAUGACCAGCUGGACAGAAUAUUCAAUGUAAUGGGAUUUCCUGCAGAUAAAGAUUGGGAGGACAUAAAAAAGAUGCCUGAACAUUCAACGUUAAUGAAAGAUUUCAGAAGAAACACGUAUACCAACUGCAGCCUUAUCAAAUAUAUGGAAAAACAUAAAGUUAAACCAGAUAGUAAGGCAUUCCACUUGCUUCAGAAAUUGCUUACUAUGGACCCAAUAAAGAGAAUUACCUCAGAACAGGCUAUGCAGGAUCCUUAUUUCUUAGAAGAUCCACUUCCCACAUCUGAUGUUUUCGCAGGUUGUCAGAUCCCCUACCCAAAACGAGAAUUUUUAACAGAAGAAGAACCCGAUGAUAAAGGAGACAAAAAGAACCAGCAGCAGCAGCAGGGCAAUAACCAUACUAAUGGAACAGGUCAUCCAGGGAACCAAGACAACAGUCAUACACAGGGACCCCCAUUGAAAAAAGUGAGAGUUGUUCCUCCUACCACUACCUCAGGUGGACUUAUUAUGACCUCAGACUAUCAGUGACAGUUGACCUGAGAGCAUGGGAAUCAGAGCAAACCCAAGCUACCUUUCCUGUGAGCAUGGAUUGAAGUCUACAAGCUGGGAAGUCAGGCGGCUCCGAAUCACCCUCCGUGUACGCAGGGAUUGCUUAGGGAGUCCACUUGUCACCCUCAUCUAGAUUGAGGAAAGCUGUGCUCCUUCCUCAGCUUUCUCACUCCACUGACAUCCCUCCCAGGCUUAUUGCAUGAGGGGGCGGUGUUUUUCAACAAGGGCCAUAUAGAAGGAUUUUUGCAUGGAGGAGUGGUAACUGCCCCUUCACUGUCUCAGCAGCUCUUGCAAGUGCUUUGGCUCCUUCUGACUGCUCACCUUUAUGCUAUGCCUUUGAAAGGCAUAAUGUUUGACUUUGAGAAAUUCAGUCUAUUUUGCCCAGACUUUUAAGAAGGCAAGGAUGAUAUUACACUCGUGAGUUUACAUAUAGUAAAUAAGGCAAAUGGAAGGAACCCACAUGAGCUUGACAGCACUGAGGCCAAAGCAAUUAAAUGCCACCUACUGAUGGACACACACCUCUCUGAAUCUCCCCCUAAGAUUCUUCAACCCAAGGAAGAAGGAGAAAAUUUUAAAAUACACCAUUGUUUUGACCAAACACCAGUCCCUUGGUUCUGACAUACUGUUACAUCUGAGCCCUCUGAGGGAAAUAACCAUUUCUUAAGGAGGUUUACCAAGACAUCCCCUCAGCAGCUAAAUCCUUUGUUUAAUCUCCCUGAAGCAAACUGGCCUAUAAAUUCUCCCCCAUGCAACCUUUUCUGUCAUGCAAAAAAGCAAUUAGGUAAGGAUUUUUACAGGUAUAUAGACUUCCAUGUCCCUUGGUUUCAGACGUGCCAACUUGCACAUUUAACGUGACAACACUGAAAUGAAUUGGAGCAGUCCUGUCCCCAGAGGAUGCAACAAGCUUUUGUCUUAUGAGGAGAGGGUUAGUGGUGUUUGGAGGUAGAGCGGGCUGGGUUGUUUUGGGAUUUUAACUUCUGUUUUUAAAAGUCACUUGUUGCUCUACAUGAUGUGAAUACACUGAGUCAUCUUGUAAUUGGCCACAUAAAAUAAAUAAAUAAACAUUUUUCAGUAGUCAGGUUGUGGAAGCCUGUCUAUUAACUAUAUUACAAAUAAAGCAUUAAUGGCUAAUUUUAAACUUCAAAGUUUUUUUUCAGUUUCCUGCAUACGUGAGACACAUUUUGCCAAAAAGUACACCCAGAGAUUUUUGCACUUUUAAACAUAACCUUUAUUUAUUAUACAGAACUGGAUCACAUGAUGGCUGUUCUGUUAUUGACACUUCUCAUUAAGUGAGUAGCGUGUCUCUCAAGAGUGAAGAUAAAUGUCAUAACAGCUGAGCCAUCGUGAGAGCUAUGACGUACAGCAGUGCAAAUUUAUUCCUGCUGGCUGGAAGUACUGUUCUAACUAUUUCUUUUCCCCUCCACACCACACACCUAGAGAGUAAUUCAGUCCCUUAAAUGCAUGUGUGGAGAGUAUCCACCUACCUUGCUUUAUAAAGAGCAUCCCUUUAUUUUUAUUUCCCCAGUAUGUAGCUAUCUCAACACAUUUAUUGAAUUUAACUUAACUUCUGAUCCAAAUGAAGACUCAUGGAAAGGAAGAGUUUAAGUGUUUAAAGAAAUAAAUCCCACAUCAAUUACAGCUGUUUAAACUGUAACAAUUAAACAAUACAUCCUUUUUUUUUUUUUUUGUGGUAUCCCACAUUUGGUCCUAAGCAGGUUAUAAGAGUACAAGAUUUUGGUUACUUUGUGAGCUGUUUGGGGCAGGGACUGUCUCUUCUUGACUGUCUAGAAAACACCUACCUUAUAGCGAAUGCUCCAGUACACCAAAAUUAAUCUCGUAUGCAAAGGUCUCCCAGAGAAUCCUCUUUGCAUUGUCAUUGAUAUUAAAUACACAACAAACCUCCCAAAUAUGUGCUCUUGGAGGGGGAAGAAAACCGCAAUGGAGAGCAUCUAGGAUAUUUUUGGCUCGUUCCAAUCCCCAUGCUGCCUAUCCCAACCCUGGACCAAGCACAUCGCAGCCACAGAGCAGCAUGGGAUAUUCAGCUACCUCCCAG